AUGUACAGCGAUGACUCAGCCGCAUCCGAGGUGGAGUCUGAAGUGGAGGAUGCUUACGGCGACGACGGCAGCGGUGAAGUCGCCAGCGAGAUUGCCGAGAGCGGUGAUGUCCACGAGCUGGCACCGGUGUUGAAGCAGCAGCCAAAGCAGCAGAGCAAAUCUAUAGACUCGGACGUGUACGAUGAAGACAAUGAUGGCUACAGUGCUGAAGACUUCGAAGACGACUUUGAAGAGUACGACGAGGAAACGUCUUCCAUCCAGCCCCCUCCACCAGCCCCAGUUACCAAGGGACCGUCGCCAACUCGCUCAGUCAUAAGCAACACUCGCCGCUCGGUAGUAGCAUCUGAUGAUGCGCCGGGAUACGACUACGAGUAUGGUGAAGCCUCGUUCGAAGAAGAAAGCUGUCGCUCGCAGAGUCAACGCAGCUUGAGUCCAAGUAAUCGCGUCGUGGAUCUCUCGGUUCGUUCGGCAUCGCCUUCAUUCCGCCCAGCACAACCACCACCAGAAAGCAGCAACGACUUCGUACAAACCACUUCUGUGGAAGCUCACUCACCUGUAGCAGGUGCCAAGGCUUCUUCGAGACCCACUCCGCAAGUGCUUGCAUCGGUUGCCGAAGAAGAAGCUGAGGCUUAUGCUGCUAUGCAAAGCAAACAGUUUUCGUUGCUGCUACGUAAAAUGGAGAGCAAGUUCGAGGACGAGGUCGAGGAGCUCCGCGAGAAGAAUGCGUUGCUCACGUGGAAGGAGCGAGAGCUUAAGGCAUCGCUGCGUCGAGCCAAGGAGGAACUCACUAUGCGCAAGGCACGCAUCGAAAAAAAGCGCCGACGUGCUGCUGACAGACGGCGGGAACACGAGCGAGCAGCAGAGCGUGUGCAGCAGGAACUCGCGGCUGCUCAGUCUUCCAUAGUCGAGCGUGAUUGCCGCAUCGAGGGACUGCAAAACGAGCUUGUCGAGUUACGAGGAAUGCUGCAAAAUGUGGAGCGGGAGAAGCACGAGGCGGAUGGGCGGAAUAUGAUACUAGCAGAAAAGCUUCAAGCAGCACUCGGAGACUUUCAUCAGCUUACAUGCAGCUUCGAAGGCGCAGUCAACGCCAAGUUGGUCUGUGAGCAACGUAUUGAAGAACUGAAAGGGAUGCAUCGAGUACAACUUGAAAUCAUAGAGCACAAAUGUCAAGUUGACGUGGACGCUGCGCGUCGAGCAUUUGCCGAGGAGGUUGCAUCCCGCGCAGCUGAACGACAAACGCUACCGGAAGUUCACAAACGUGUUGUGGAAGCGGAGAAAGAGCGCUACGAGAAGCUGGAGGCUGCUCUGAAUAAGCAGAUGCGUGAGCUGGAGUCUCGUGCGGCGCAGGAUGCUUUGACGCACGCUGCAGAACUUGCACGGGCUACUGAAGUGAAGCACCAGGCUGAACAGCGAGCAGAGCGCCGGAUACAGGACGAGGUUGAUCGGAUUGCACGCGAGCGCGAAGCUGUGGAUGAGCAACGGCGCGAGCUGCUGGCAUCAAUGGCCCGCACGAACGUGCGCUUCGAUGAGGAACGAGGCAAAAUGGAAGCGCGGAGUUGUGAGCUUGAUGCACGAAGGUCUGAGCUCGCAGAUGAGCGUGCUGAGCUCGAGGCUCGUAUUAUAUACGUCGAGCAACGCACACGGCGUUUAGAGGAGGACGAGGCUCUAGUCGAGAGGCGACGCACAGAGCUGGCCGCUGUCGGGCGAGAAACGUUGGAGCGGUCGCAUGCUCUCGCACGGCGUGCACAGGAGUUAGCCGACGCCAUCGCAGAGCGCGACAAGUUGCGCACACUCGUGAAGGUUCUAACGGAGCGCUCAGAGCGGAGUGAGCAGCGUGCAAUGAUGCUGGAGCAGGACUGCGAGAAGCUGGAGAUGGCGGCGCAGGCGCUUCAGCAGGAGCGAUUGCUGGUUGCCAAGCAGCGCCUGCAAUCGCGCUACUUCUUGGACGGCGCGCGCAAGCUCGAGAGCAUGUUGCAUCAGAAGCACUGCGCCAUGGAGGCGGCGGACAAGUACCCCCCAUCCAAGAGCGUCUUCUACGCUAGCAAUCAGCACGAACACCAUCAAUGA